CUGGUGGGACAUGCCCCGGCGUGUGGUUGCCGGCCUCGGAGUGGAGAGGCGGGCGUUGACUUCUCUCUCCCUCCCCGCCCGCGCGCACCUCGCCGGGUCCCGCGUCUGCCCCCUCCCACUACAGCCUCAAGAAGCAGAGGACCCAGACCGAGGCCAGCCCUGCAACUCCUGCAGGGAGCAGUGCCCCGGCUUCCUGCUGCAUGGCUGGAGAAAGAUCUGCCAGCACUGCAAAUGCCCACGGGAGGAGCACGCCGUGCACGCAGUGCCUGUGGACCUGGAACGCAUCAUGUGUCGGCUAAUCUCAGACUUCCAGCGCCACUCCAUCUCUGACGACGACUCCGGCUGUGCCUCGGAGGAGUAUGCCUGGGUGCCCCCUGGUCUCAAGCCCGAGCAGGUAUACCAAUUUUUCAGCUGCCUUCCAGAGGACAAGGUCCCCUACGUCAACAGUCCCGGGGAGAAAUACAGGAUCAAACAGCUGCUGCACCAGCUGCCCCCACAUGACAGUGAGGCACAGUACUGCACAGCUCUGGAAGAGGAAGAGAAGAAAGAACUCAGAGCCUUCAGCCAGCAGCGGAAGCGGGAGAAUCUGGGGCGAGGCACCGUGCGCAUCUUCCCCGUGACCAUCACUGGGGCCAUCUGUGAGGAGUGCGGGAAGCAGAUUGGAGGUGGGGACAUCGCCGUGUUUGCCAGCCGUGCAGGCCUGGGUGCCUGCUGGCACCCACAGUGCUUUGUGUGCUCCACGUGCCGGGAGCUGCUGGUGGACCUCAUCUACUUCUACCAUGCUGGCAAGGUCUACUGUGGUCGCCACCAUGCUGAACGCCUGCGCCCGCGCUGCCAAGCCUGUGACGAGAUCAUCUUCUCCCCUGAGUGCACAGAGGCCGAGGGCCGGCACUGGCACAUGGGUCACUUCUGCUGCUUUGAGUGUGAAGCAUCACUGGGAGGGCAGCGCUAUGUCAUGCGUCAGAGCCGCCCCCACUGCUGCGCCUGCUACGAGGCCCGCCACGCGGAGUAUUGUGAUGGCUGUGGGGAGCACAUUGGCCUGGACCAGGGCCAGAUGGCUUAUGAGGGCCAGCACUGGCACGCCUCAGACCGCUGCUUCUGCUGUAGUCGCUGUGGGCGAGCCCUCUUGGGCCGCCCCUUCCUGCCACGCCGUGGCCUAAUCUUCUGCUCCCGAGCCUGCAGCCUGGGGUCCGAGCUCACGGCUCCGGGGCCCGGCCGCCGCAGCUGGAGCGCAGGCACGGUCUCCACACCUCUCACAGCCUCUACAGCCUCUUUCUCUGCUGUGGAGGGGGUAUCUGAGACCUCCACAAAAGGCACCAGCACCGAGCCAGCGCCUGCUGCAGGCUCCGAGGAGCCUGCCCGCUUUCUGAGAGGGGCCCCUCACCGCCACUCCAUGCCCGAGCUGGGGCUCCGCAGUGUCCCCGAACCACCCUCAGGGCCUGCCGGCCAGCCGGACCCGCGCCCAGAAGAUGGUGCCUUUGGUCGCCAGAGCACCCCACGCGUCAGCUUCCGCGACCCUUUGGUGUCUGAGGGAGGCCCGCGGCGGUCCCUGAGUGUGCCCCCAGCCCAGCGCCGCAGGCCACGCAGCCCCCCGCCCAGGGGCCCCAUACAUCGCCGCCACCCCCACCAUCACCACCACCACCAUCACCGCCGCCACUCUGGCAGACGUCGCCACCAUCGAUGUGACUUGGGAUCAGGGUCGGACUCGGGAUCUUGCUCCAGCUCGCCCUCCAGUCCCAGUUCCGAAUCCUCAGAGGACGACGGCUUCUUCCUAGGGGAACGCAUCCCACUGCCCCCACACCUGUGCAGGCCAAUGCCUGCUCAGGACACUGCAACUGAGACCCCCAAUUCCCCAUCUCCACAGCUCCCCAGGAACUCUCGCCCAGGGAUGCCUCGCCAGGCCAGAGACAAGAACUGCAUCGUGGCUUGAAGGAGUGACAGUUCUGGAGGGCUGCAUUCUCAAGUCAGUGUAGAUGAUGACCCAGCCCCCCAACUUAAGUCAUAAAUCCCUUGCCUUCCUCCCUCCUUCAUCUGUUUGUAUUACUGAAGUAAUUUAAUAUUUGUUUUAAAACAGGCCUGGCUUCUUUACCUCCUU